UCGCUGUGGUGUUGUGGCUUAGAUUGUCACUGUCAUAAUGGUGAUGCAGGAGAAAAGUUCCGAUGUAUCCAACGAAAACCCGGAACAUGCCAAUCCAGAUAUUCCGAAAGAACAGAAAGGAUAUUCGCUGGAAAUCCUCAAAAUCAUAAAGGAAGCACAACAGCAACAUGGUUUACGGCACAGCGAUUACCAGCGGUACAGGGGUUACUGUUCGAGGCGUCUGCGACGUCUUCGAAAAGUACUGAAGAUUCCUCAAGGUGAUAGACGGCACUUCAAACGACGUGAUGUCCAUACUGCAAUGGUCAGCGAUGACAAAUUUCUACAAGUUCCUCUUGUAAUGGCUGAACGAGCUUGGAGUUACGCUAUGCAGUUGCGUCAAGAAUCCAACACCGAGCCUAGAAAAAAGUUCCACUUGAUUUCUCGAUUGAGAAAAGCUGCAAUUUAUUCUCUUCAGUUGCAAGAAUUAAUAGAGAGCGUGAAUUGUGAUGCACGUACAAAACUAGAAGCACAGGCCUAUGUCGCUUGGAUCCACGGGUCACUGCAUUUCGAGCUCCAGUUAUGGAAUGCCGCAAUGGAGAAUCUGAAGAAAGCUCAAGUAGUCUACGAGAAUUUAGCUGCUGCUCUACCAGAAGUGGAGCAGAUAAUGUAUAAGGCUCGUGUGGAAGAGCUCGCACCUAGUCUGAGAUACUGCGCUUACAAUAUCGGCGAUACAUCCGCCAUCGAUGACCUGAUGCAAAUGCGUGGUCAGUUGAGCGGAGAAUUAUUAGCCAGCUUAGAUGCUGUGAUAGCUCAAACGCGAGAGAAGCAAACUAAUUCCGAGGAAGUCGUAUGGCGCGGAAAAUCCUGCGGCUCGAUUCCUUCGAGUGCCGCUGCCAUGCUGAUGGCUGACUCACAACUAAACCAGACCCUGGACAAAGCCAGUGAUCAACAAGCUAAGAUCGAUCUUCUACAGGCUUCUCUGCGAGACUACAAAGAGAAAAUCAACAACGUUCGCGAAAUUUUCAAGGCCGAACUGAAGAUGAAGGAUCAAGCGACUGCGCCUCAGAAUUUGGUGGCGUAUCUGCAGUACAUCAGGCUUUCAAGAACUCUGGAACGCAAUCUAGCAAUGGUGAAGAAGGAAGAGUCCGAAAAGGCAAAGCCAUCGAGUAUCGUUCGACUUUACGAAGCCGCACUUCACAAUUUAGUGGAGAUAUCGCAGCUUCAGGAUGAUGAAGAGUUCUUGCAAGAACAGGAGGCGAAGACUAAAUCCUAUCGAGCAUUCAGAUGUUUCUACAUGGCUCAAUCCCUUGCCAAUGUUCAUAGAUGGCGAGAUGCUAUGGUUUUGUAUCAAAGAUCCCUGCAGCAUGCUCAAGACGCUCUUAAGUGUGGUUCGAUUCUGCAGAAGGAUCUGAAAGAAUCUUUGAAGCAGUUGGAGAGCUCAAUUGAAGGCGCGCAAUAUGCGGCUCACGCUCAUAGUGUUCUGGAAGAGGGUCAAGAAGAAGAUUUUACUAUGAAUAAACAAUUCAAGACUAAGAAACCUCUGUCGGAACGACUACAUGAGUACAGAGAAGAUCCUUCGUUACUCAGCAAGCAACCUAACGUUUACAAACUGCCACCGCCAAUGCAAAGCAUUCCUUGCAAACCUCUGUUUUUUGAUUUGGCGUUUAACAUGGUCGAAUUUCCUGAUUUGUCUAACAAGUUGCAGGACCAGGGAAAGAAAGCACAGGGUCUUACUGGCCUUGUCAAAGGUCUUUGGGGCUGGGGAAAUAAAUAAAUUGUUUAUUUGUUAGAUUAUGAUUUUACUGCAUUUAUGAGAAUUGUGACAGUUUAUAAAACUUGGGUUUGAAUUGUAACAUUGUGAGUGAAGCCAAGAGAUUCUGAAAUUGAGACAAUGAUUAGCCAGACAUUUCUGGAGAAUGAUUUAUACCAAUUAUUUACUCAAAUAUAAAGGUUGUAAUGAGAA